AUGAACUUUUUCAGUUUAGAGAAGAAUCGAUUUCAUCAAAAGGCUUGUGAAAACAAGAAAAAAAGACAGAGUGUAAACAGUAGUUCAUAAAUCAAAAAUCAACAAAUAGACAAUUUCAUUGAAUAAAAGUCUUAGUCUCUGUAAAUGGAUUUGGACUUAUCCUACACUAAGGCUUCUGAUCAAGACAGUUUUUAACUAAACCAUAUACCUAAAUCCGUUAGAGCCAAUUUAAUUGGUUAACUAAACAAUAAAUAUGGAAGAAGAUCUCUUCAAUGA